UUUGCCUUUGUAUUAACACACACAUGGGCGCCUCCACCAGUGCUGCGCUGCCUGACGAUGCCGCCUGCGAAGCCGUGCUGCGGACGUUCAUCGCAGAGGACCUGGAGCGCGCGGAGCGGCUGCUGCGCAGGGCGAAGGAGCUGGUGAUGGAGGCGAGGAAUUCGCAGCCUUGGACCAUCAGCGGCCUGGAUGGCACAAGCUUUCAGCUCCCCGUGGAUGAGACAGCGAAGGUGGAUGACCUCUCCAAGACCAUCGCAGAAAGAAUCUGCAUGAGAGUUGGUGGAAAACUUGUUCUUUUUGCAGGCGACCAGAUUUUGGAGGUCUCAUCCAAGCUUUUGCAGCAAGAAGGGUGCGGACGAGAGAUCUCAUAUGUCGUUCGACAGGUUUGCGCACUGGAGGCAGCGAUUGGGUUCCAAAGUGCCCUUGCAGAGGGAACAAGAGACCAUGCGCAUGGGACAGUGACGGAUGCAAUCGCCUCUUUGACCUUUGGUCCCAACUUUAACAAGGGCUUGAAAGGUGUCACCUUGCCAAGCAGCUUGCAGACUUUGACCUUCGGCCAGAACUUUAACCAGAGCUUGGAAGGUGUCACCUUGCCAAGCAGCCUGCAGACUUUGACCUUCGGCAGGGACUUUAACAAGGGCUUUGAAGGGGUCACGUUUCCAAGCAGCCUUCAGACUUUGACCUUCCACUGUUUCAAAAAGAGCUUGGAAAGUCUGACGUUGCCAAGCAGCCUGCACACUUUGACCUUCGGCGACUUUUUCAACCAGAGCUUGGAAGGUGUCACCUUGCCAAGCAGCCUGCAGACUUUGACCUUCGGCUACUUUUUUAACCAGAGCCUGGAAGGUGUCACCUUGCCAAGCAGCCUGCAGACUUUGACCUUCGGCAGGGACUUUAACCAGAGCUUUGAAGGUGUCACCUUGCCAAGCGGCUUGGAGACUUUGACCUUCGGCGACAAAUUUAACCGGAGCUUGGAAGGUGUCACCUUGCCAAGCAGCUUGCAGACUUUGACCUUCGGCAGGGACUUUAACCAGAGCUUCAAAGGUGUCACCUUGCCAAGCAGCUUGCAGACUUUAAUCUUUGGCGAGAACUUUAACCAGAGCUUGGAAGGUGUCAUCUUGCCAAGCAGCUUGCAGACUUUGACUUUCGGCUUUUGCUUCAACCAGAGCCUGGAAGGUGUCACUUUGCCAAGCAGCCUGCAGACUUUGACCUUCGGCUACGUCUUCAACCAGAGCUUGGAAGGUGUCACCUUGCCAAGCAGUCUGCAGACUUUGUGUUUCAAGAAUUUCUGUGUCAAGAGCUUAGAAGGUGUCACCUUGCCAAGCAGCCUGCGUGUUUUUACCUUCAGCUAUUCGUUCAACCAGAGCUUGGAAGGUGUCACCUUGCCCAGCAGUCUGCAGUCUUUGACCUUCGGCCGGGAAUUUAACGAGAGCUUGGAAGGGGUCACGUUUCCAAGCAGCCUGCAUACUUUGACGUUCGGCUAUUCGUUCAACCAGAGCUUGGAAGGUGUCACCUUGCCAGGCAGUCUGCAGUCUUUGACCUUCGGACACUUCUUCAACCAAAGCUUGGAAGGUGUUACCUUGCCAAGCAGUCUGCAGUCUUUGACCUUCGGCCACUUCUUCAA